AUGGAUUCUGAUUGGUGCGAACAGAUCAAAUUCCAUCUUGGGGUUUUAGAUCUUGAUGUUACACUUUACUCUGAGAAGCCAACUGCUAUUACUGAAGCUAGCAGUGAUGAAGAAAAGUCCUAUUAUAAGCACUGGGAUCGGUCUAACAGAUUAGGCCUAAUGUUCAUUCGAAUGAAUAUUGCGGGCAAUAUUAAGACUACUCUUCCCAAAACUGACAGUGCAAAAGAACUUCUAAAACUUGUGGAAGAGUCUUCCCAAACUGCUGAUAAGUCUCUUGCUGGGACACUAAUGGCUGUUGCACAGCAAAGUAAUCAACAAGAACAACAAAUUAAUGCUCCUACUAAUGAAGCCAUAAUUGAUGAACUUGUAGUAAAUGAACCACAAGAAGUAGCAUAA